AUGGAUGCCAAAAAGAUUGAACUUGGCAUCGCACCCGUGGAAAGCCACCGUCCUGGCUCUCUACUAGACACCGAUAACAAACCGGUAGUCAAUGAGUUGGUUGAGAAAUACGGACAGACCCAACGUGGUCUAAAGCCCCGUCACGUACAACUCAUGGCCAUCGGUGGCUCAAUCGGAACAGCACUAUGGGUCGGCAUCGGAGGCUACCUAAGUCAAGCGGGACCCCUUUCUCUUCUACUGGGAUACACAUUCUGGGGUAUUUUCUUCAUCUGGCCCACGUACCUAUGUGUAGCGGAAAUGAUGGCAUAUCUCCCCGUUCGCGGCUCCAUCUUUGAACUUGCCUCUCGCUUCGUCGAGCCAGCUGUUGGCUUUAGCUUAGGCUGGACCUACUUCUUCGGGACGUGUAUGCUUGUUUGUGUUGAGUAUAGUGCAGUCGCCGCUGUGGCUGAGUACUGGGAUAGUACCACUAAUCCUGCUGUCUGGAUAGCCGUUUCAAUGGCUAUCUGUAUUUUUCUCAACGUUGUUGCUGUCAAGUGGUAUGGCGAAGCCGAGUUUAUUCUCGCUAUAACCAAGGUCUUGUUGCUCAUUCUCCUCGUCCUCAUCACCAUUGUAACGAUGGCCGGUGGAAACCCCAAAGGUGAUGCCUAUGGGUUUCGGAACUGGAAGGACGGAGCCAUGCAUGAAUAUUACGCCAAAGGUCCCGCUGGGAAAUUCCUCGGCUGGUGGUCUGUUGUUAUCUAUGCGGCAUUUACGAUCGCUGGACCUGACAUGAUCGCCCUCGCGGCCGGUGAGAUCCAGAACCCGCGUAGGACUAUCCCCCGAGUCGCGCGUAUGAUAUUCUACCGUCUUGUCGGGUUUUAUAUCAUCGGUGCCCUUUGUGUUGGCAUUAUAUGCUCAUCAAGAGAUAAGAGGCUCAUUAGCGCCAUUGCGGACGGUUCAUCUGGCGCUGCUGCUAGCCCUUGGGUAAUUGGCAUUCAGAAUCUUGGAAUUGGAUUCUUGCCUCACUUUAUUAACGCCCUUAUCCUCGUGUCUGGGCUUUCUUGUGGCAACGCCUAUCUUUUCGCUGCUAGUCGAACGCUAUAUGGCCUUGCCAGAGAUCACCAAGCUCCCAAGUUUUUGAUGAAAUGUACCAAGACUGGAGUCCCAAUCUACUCCACUGCGGCUGUCUCCUUGAUCUCUUGCGUUACCUUUCUUGUGGCAUCCAACUCUGCCAUAGAGGUCUUCUUCUGGUUCGUUGACCUGACCACCACCGCGUUCAUCGCUUCAUACAGCUUUAUGCUCCUUGCGUACAUUGGAUUCUACCGUGCUCGCAAAGCACAGGGUCUCGCUGACGAGUCACUCUCUUAUGUCGCGCCUUAUACACCAUACACACCCAUCAUGGCGCUCGCCCUGGGAUGUACGGCGAUCUUCUUUGUAGGGUUCGAUGUAUUCAGCCCAUUCAGUGUGCGAGGCUUCAUCACCUCUUACUUCGCUGUUGCUUUCACUGCGGUUAUGUAUCUGAUUGGCAAGAUCAAGUAUUGGCGAGAGGGUAAGGGCAUCGUCAAUCCGAAGGAUGCAGACUUGAUCACCGGUAAGGCUGAGAUUGAUGAGGAAUGCAGGCACUGGGAAGAAGGCGGCAUUGAGGAGGUUGAGAAGGCUAGACUCGCCGACAUGACCUGGGCCAGGCGAGCCUGGGAGAGAAUGUGGUAG